AGUGAUUGACAUGCUGGAGCUGCACGACGCCAAGCAGAGUGCGUCUGCGGUGGGGAAGAUGUCGGGGGCUCUGGGCUUCGUGUCGGACCUGUACCUGGUGUCCACUCUGCGUCUGCCGCCCAAACUGGGAGGAGUGCUGCUGGGCGUCUACAACAAAGACGACAACAGGAAGUACCUGGAGGUGGCCCUUAUGGGCAAGGUCAACAAAGGUAGGGAUUGUCAGUAGAGGGGAUAGGGAGGGAAAUGUGGUAGAUAGAUAUUUUGGUGAAGUUUAAGUUGUUUCUCUUCAAGGCCUAUAACUAAGACACAGUCACCCAAUCCCAAUAGUGGGAUUCCCCAUUCGACCCCUAGCCUCUACCCCCUAGACACUUGUGGAGAUCUGAUAGGGUUGUAUAGUUGCAAAACAAUUAACAGUAUGUUGUUGUUUUUUCAUAUGGCUCUCUCAUUCAACACUGUUCUAUGUAGGCUAGCUUCAAUGAUGUUCGGGGUUGCCUGAUCUCUAAAUUCUGGGUCCAUACAUGUUAAGAGAAGGGAUUAAGAUUAUACUAGAACGAGGAGCUCCACCCUCUUUCUUUGCAAGUUAUGGGCAAAUUAAUCUUGGUUACCUAGAAGUAAAAUUAUCUCGCAAAAGUUUGUAAUUUCCUGUUUUACUUUUGGUGGGGAAUACUGUUAACAAUUGUGGUUACCUUUGUGCAAAGGAAGGAAGCGAAGUCUCCUCCCUCGCAAACUGAAACUCUCAGCCAAACCCCUCCCUUCUGCUAAUUUCACCCUUGUUAAUCUUGGGCAAAAAUAAAAAUAAAUUGUUUUCAUGAAAUUGAUCGAUACAGCCAAUUUUGACUUUGUGGCUGUGGAAUGACGAAAACCCAAAACUAAGAACUACUAGAUUCUCGCCGUUUUAUCUGUCCACGAGAAUCUGUCCAAGAGAGAUUACGGGCAAGUCUAUGUGUUGAAUGUCCCCUCCUCUUCCGAAAUUCGAAAGAUGCUAACACCUGCAAAAUCGUGAUUUGUCCAAAUAACCAGUGACGAAAACCCCCAACACAGGAACUACUGCUGCUCGUUAUCCUACGCAUCCCAUUCCUUCCCGACAAAUUCUAUGGUACCAGUUAUAAUUACGUAGAUCUGUCCACAAGAGAUUACUUGAUCUUAGAAUCCUCUCUAUUUCUUAGUUCUGGUGCGUUAUGUACGAGAGGACGGUAAACUCCACACAGUGAACCUCCAGAACCCCGGCCUCUCCAACGGACGCACCCAGUCACUCAUCCUCCGCGUGGGUGGGCUCCGACGAAACCACCUCCACAUGGAACUCUAUGUCAACUGCCGAUUGGCCGACUCAGCACAGGUCCUACCGUCAAUGGUCCAGCUCCCAGCAGAGGCGGAGUCUGUGGAGAUACGCAAUGGGCAGAAGGCCUAUGCCAGGCUACAGGUAAUAAAACAGUACUUUUUUUUUUUUUUUCUAAGUUUCCAUCAGUCCUAGAUUGAAUUUAAAGAUAGACUCAGCAAUAAGAAAUCAUCAUACACAGUGUGGCAUCCUGCUUACAGAAGCAACAAAAUUGAAAUCUGGCCUAUGCCUGCCACUAUUGUCUCUUCCCAAUGUGGACAUGCCUCAAGGGAGUGCAAUACUUGGGAAGAACAAAUCGUUUUUGUGAAGCAGAAAGUGGCACGGCUGCAAAUUGUCAUAUUGCUUAGUCUACCUCUAUUUCUACAGAGCACGUUUCAGAGCAUGCUCUCGGACUCAGGAAGUCUCUAAUUGUACUUCCUAACUUAACAAUUUUUACUACACUACUUCAACAUGGUUGGCAGGAGUCUGGCAGAUUAGUUUUUUUAAGACCAAAACAAAUACAGGGAGUAUUCCGGAUCCCCAUAGAAAUCACCUAAUUAGGUAAUUAAUUAGGCCAUACAGUACAUGAAACACAAACCCAGCCUGCCCACCAUGAUAGACACAUUCUUAAUUUUUCAAGUGUUGCUCAUUUAUGGUUGUUUUACAUGCCUAAUCUUCUAUCCACAACUGACAUCUAUACCACUUAAGCAAAUUGCCUAGAUUUUGCAUGACUAAUAAGAUGUCGUAGACAUUAGUUAUCGCAGGCAACUUAAAGUUGAGUGAACAACCAAAUGUCUAGUAUACUAUGAGCACCUUUUCAUCCAAUACAUGGAAUAGAGCUGAGCUGCACAUCCUAUCUAUCAGCUACAUGUCUAUGGCUCAUGCUGAAGCUUACAUGGAGAACUAGUUAGUUGUUACCAUGUGGUGCUGUCAGCAUAAAUGACUAUCUGACUGAUAGAUUCCACACUCCCUGUGGACAAAGAGAGGGCUGUGUCAGGAUGGAUGAAAGGGAGGGAAAUAUCUAAAAUGAGAGGGUACACCAAAGCUAUUGUUCCUAGUUUGUGUCAUUUAUCUUGAACGGGCCGCUUAGGUGACAUGCAUGCAAGUGUACACGGGUACUGACCAGGAUCAUGUUCACUAGGCAUAAAACAGAAGGAAACGGUCCAAAGGGGAGUGAAACAGAGAGGUAUUAUCAGAACUUGUCCAAUAAGAAAAAAAUGUUUCCCGUUGCACAACGUUUUAAUUAUUUUUUGCCACGGUGUGCCCCAAUGAACACAACCCAGAGCAUGUGCCUCAAUAUGUCUAAGUAAGACCUGGGGUCAUUGUUCCCUCUAAAAAAAAAUGCCACUGAGCAAAUUUCAGGUCUGCUGAGCGCAAACUUGAAUAUUGUGAAAAUUCUGUGCAACUUCCAGCCGUGUUUACUGUGAACACUGAUGCUGUACCCGCUUUAAGUUACAGUUAUAACAGUGGCCAAGUAGGCUACUAUGGCUAUUUGAUCAUAAUGUAAGCCUACCAGAGUGGCCUACCAUCAAAAACAAUGGAGAAAAUGCAUCCCAUAACAUUUUAACAUGGAAAUAGCUGUUCUAUCAUUCAGCCUACAGUAGCAGCCAAUGUGUGGUGUUCAAUGUAGGCCUACAUUCCAGGAGAACUUUAAAAAACAAUGCAGGGCUUGACAUUAACCUGUUUAUCCACUUGUCCUUCAGGCAAGGAGGUGACAGAAAAUGUUGUUGUAUUGUGUUUGAUGCAAAAAAACACUUUACAAAAUAAAAUGCAUUAUUAUUCCCAUACCAUUAUUAUUAUUAUUAUUAUUAUUAUUAUUAUUAUUAAAGAGAAUCAGACAAAAAUUAAUGCUACCCUAUGCCUAUUGGCUACUUAUUCGCUUAUUCAAGCCUGUCUCAAAAUAUAACAAUGCCCCUUUAAGACAUAAAAAAGCUCUUUACCUGACUCGUUUUUCAAAGAUGGCUAGAAAUGUACACAUUUUGUGCACUUGUAGGAUGUAAUCACUCUCCCAUUGCUGACCAGAAAUGAAUUAUAACUGGGCUAAUAACUGACUAACUACCAAAGAAGAUUUUUUUAAAUGUACACGUGGCUACAUGCAGCUCUAGCUUUGAUCUCAAAACAAGCGUCUCUACUCCCGACCGCUCGUGCUUGUCAUGUUGCAUUGAAAGUGGCAAAUAUUACGUUGAUUCGAUUACAAUUUCCGCAGUAAAGGGAAAUGUUAAUAGCGUUAACUAACGGGGGAAAACACUAAAUUGAGUGAAGUUCAAUCUUGUGCUUCUCUGAACGGGCUGGUAUUUCUUCUGUGCGGCAGUAUAUAUGCCAUUUAGCAGACGCUUUUAGUCCCAGGGGAGCUGCAGUCCCAGUGGAGCUGUAGAAAACAUUGCCUGAGGUCGGUUGCAUUAACAUAGACUUAGGCAUAGACAUUGAUUUAAAGUGGUAGUUUACUCCGAAUACAAAUUAGCAUGAAUUUCCACUUACCAUGCCCCUUUGUGUAAGAGAGUUCAUUAAGAUUGCGCACACAAUUUAUAGCUGCAAUAUGUAACUUUUUAGGUGACCCGACCAAAUUCACAUUAAAAUGUGAGUUAUAGACCUGUCAUUCUCAUUGAAAGCAAGUUUAAGAAGCGGUAGAGCUGUUAUAUUUGUGCUAUUUCUAUGCUUCCCGUACUUAAGUUUAGUUUUUGCGUCUUGUACUUUUGGUUUUGUAGACCAGCUUCAAACAAAAUAUUUUUAUAACUAGCCCAAGAUAGACCAGAGCCUGUCGUUUCCAAUGGAAGCAAAGGAAUCAUAGUGGUCAGAACAAGGAGGUGGGUAGAGCCAAGGACGAGCUAGUGAUAUCCUAUUGGCGCGUUCUAGCAUAUAUUUUUGCAUAUUUCCGUUAAGGAACGCCUACUCUGUGAAGUACACGCACAGAUAGAACAAUGAGACAGAUAUUUCACUGGAUGUAUAAAUGUGAUGAUGAGAGGAAAUAUAGUGAUGAGAGGAAGCCCAGUGGCUGGCAGUGGGAGAAGAUGAAUUUUGGCCGACUUUCUGCACAUUUUCUCAUCAAUAAGAAAUUUGAUCUGUAUACAGUUUUCUGUUUCCAAAACAAUAAUCUGUAACAAACAGAGUGGACUGCAUUUUGUAGACUUACCCUUUGCGAAAGUUUCAAAAAUUGUGCUGUUUAUGAGUGCAAUUGCACAUGCGCACUUCACAGACUUUGUGUUCCCUUAUGAAAUAUGCAAAUAAAUGAUAGAACGCGGCAAUAGGAUCUCACUAGCUCGUGCUUGGCUCUGUCCACCUCCUUGCUUGUUCUGCCCAAUAUGAUUAAUUUGCUCCCAUUGGAAACGACAGACUCUGGUCUAUCUUGGGUUACUUAUGAAAAUCUUUGGUGCGCGUGUGCAAUAACUCACUUCGCCCUUGCACUCCAUCUAAACAACGCAAUUUUCCGAAACUUUGGCAAAGGGUAAAGUCUACAAAACGCAGUCCACUCUGUUUGUUUCAGAUUCUAGUUUUGGAAAACAGAAAACUGUAUGGAGAUCAAAUGUUUCAUUGAUGAGAAAAUGUGCAGAAUGUCGGCCAAAAUCCAUCUUCUCCCACUGCCGGUCACUGGGCUUCCUCUCCUCACCAUAUUUGGUAGUGAGUGGAAACUCCAACCGGAUGCUUCACAUUUAUACAUCCAGUGAAAUCACAGGAGGUUGGUGGCACCUUAAUUGGGGAGAAUGGGCUUGUGGUAAUGGCUGGAGCGGAAUAGGUGGAAUGGUAUCAAAUGUGUUUGAUGCCAUUCCAUUUGCUCCGUUCCAGACAUUAUUAUGAGCCGUCCUCCCCUCAGCAGCCUCCAAUGGGUGAAAUAUCUGGCUCAUUGUUCUUUUGUGUUCAACAUUUUUUUGGUUAUGGAAAAUAUAUUUCAUAGCGGUUUAGAUGGUACAACUAUACUUACACUAUACUUGCUUGUUUUGUCACAUAAACUGAAAUGAGGCAUAGUGCAUCUUUAACUCUACUGUGUGCAUGUGUGUGUUUCAGGGCUCAGUGGACUCUCUGAAACUGGCUCUGGGUGGCUCCAUAGCCAAAGCAGGAAUCCUGACCGAUUGUCCGUUUCAGGGUGAUACAUCUUUUCAGAAUUCAGGUACAAUCUUUGUAUACAACCAUAAACACAUGCAAACGAUCUUCAUACUCAUUUAUUAUAAUGUUAUAUUCACUUUAGUCUCUGAAACGCAGACCUAAGAGCAACAGCACUAGGUCUGGGAUUAAUGAUGGAUUGUCAUGGUAACUUCGAAAAGGUGUUCCAGGGAGGGUCCUCUUCAGACAGACAACUCUCCAAACAAAUCACAAGGAAGAAGUUUGCAGGCAAAACCAUUGUGGUGGUUUUAGUGAAGGUAGUUGAUUCAGACUAGCCACUUGCGAAAUGCACUCAUUAAAAAUUACCUCUAUGAUCGCUAUCUUGCUAGCUACUAUUUGUAUCAGGGGGAUGUUUAAGCUAGGGCAACAAGUGGAUAAGGCAGUGAUGUAGGAAAGCCGGAUGUCCCAACUCCACCAUUUCCUCUAUGCCAAACUGACAUUUAUUACGUACAGAAGUGUAAGCCAGAACAUUGGUACAUUGUGGGAGGCAACCCGUCUAUAUAGAGAGACUGUUCACUUUGAUAUCUGCUGAUAUAUAUUUCCAUCCACAUCCUCCUACCCAAACCUCACCUUAGGCAAUUUGUCAGUUAGCUCUAUCAGUCCCGAGAUCCCAUCAAAAAUCGGCUUUUCAUUUAUCUGACUUUAAUUUCUCUGCAUAUCCAGCCCUUAUAUUUAACCUCACAAUAAAGUGUUUUACAAGUACAAAUAGAACACAAUAUUUGACAUAAACAGUUGCAUUCAUGAAAAGUUUGCCAAAGCAAAAACCUGACAAAAAUAAAUGUAUAUGACUUCUGUAAGUACAGAAAUUAUUUGCUCACUGGGAAAUUAAUAUCCAACUAGUCAGUAACAACUGUGUGGAGUUUUGAGUUUGCGACAGCAACUAUGUGAGCUUAUUAUAGUAUUAUAGACACUAUGUCCUGGGAUUUCCAAUUAUCUUCUAUGUAGAAGAACCCCUACCUUCUAACGACUCUUGUGUAGCUUGUGAGCGUCAUAGAGCAAAACAUAUACACUAGUUGCAAACAAAAAGCCAUAUCUCAGACUGGCCAAUAAAAAUAAAAGAUUAAGGCCAGUCUGAGAUAUGGCUUUUUCUUUGCAACUCUGCCUAGAAGGUCAGCAUCCCGGAGUCGCCUCUUCACUGUUGACGUUGAGACUGGUGUUUUGCGGGUACUAUUUCAUGAAGCUGCCAGUUGAGGACCUGUGAGGUAUCUGUUUCUCAAACUAGACACUCUAAUGUAUUUGUCAUCUUGCUCAGUUGUGCACCGGGGCCUCCCACUCCUCUUUCUAUUCUGGUUAGAGCCAGUUUGCACUGUUCUGUGAAGGGAGUAGUACACAGCGUUGUACGAGAUCUUCAGUUUCUUGGCAAUUUCUCGCAUGGAAUAGCCUUCAUUUCUCAGAACAAGAAUAGACUGACGGGUUUCAGAAGAAAGUUAUUUGUUUCUGGCCAUUUUGAGCCUGUAAUCGAACCCACAAUUGCUGAUGCUCCAGAUACUCAACUAGUCUCAAGAAGGCCAGUUUUAUUGCUUCUUUAAUCAGCACAACAGUUUUCAGCUGUGCUAACAUAAUUGCAAAAGGGUUUUCUAAUGAUCAAUUAGACUUUUAAAACGAUCAACUUGGAUUAGCAAACACAACGUGCCAUUGUAACACAGGACUGAUGGUUGCUGAUAAUGGGCCUCUGUACCCCUAUGUAGAUAUUCCAUUAAAAAUCAGCCAUUUCCUGCUACAAUAGCCAUUUACAACAUUAACAAUGUCUACACUGUAUUUUUGAUCAAUUUGAUGUUAUUUUUAAUGGACAAAAAAAAUGCUUUUCUUUCGAAAACAAGGACAUUUCUAAGUGACCCCAAACUUUUGAACGGUAGUGUACAUGUUCGUGAGACUCUCAGCUUUUCAUAGAUAGCUUUUAAUAGUUUGUAACUCAAACCAUUCAGACGUUUUGUAUAAAAGACCCGGCCCCGGGCUCCUUCAGAAUCCGCCCCAGAAGUCUGUAGCUCAAACACACAAAGUUUAAAAGGGGUUAGAAGUCCAAAACGUGCUGGCAAUAUGGUGGGACUCAUUGGGUUAACAGAAGCUGAUCUCAGUACUGUAUUCUUAUCACUUUAACCCCCGCUAGUGGUGAGCCCACGUAACUAACAUAUACAUGUCAAAUUGGUUGUUCUUUUUUCAUCUCAUUACAAAUUGGUUGUCCUCCUUUCUAUCUUCAGCAUGACCAUUUGAAUGCCAGGGAUGUUUACAGGUAGUAGUUAAUGUAUGUGAGAGGCAUUGUUAGGAAUAGUAUAUCAAGAUAACUAGACUGUGUUGUGAUUGAAUUGAUUAAAGUGGACUUUUCUGUCUCCAUAGCUGGCGCCGAUGUUAAUGCCAUUCUUGGUGAGUAUCAAUCAGAAACACUCUGGUUUAUCAACCUAUAAUUUACUUUAAAUGUUUCCCUGUGCUUAUGUUCUAAUGGUUGGACAUCUCUGUGUCAGGUGACCAUACCAAGGCUUUGAUUGGCCAGCUGAUCAUCUUCAACCAAAUCCUGGGCGAACUCCGAGAGGACAUCAGGGAACAGGUAAGAGAGCGAGAGAGGGGGGAGGGGGAAAGAGGCACAGGAGGAAGUGACAGAGGGGGAAUGAAAGCGAGAGAGGGGAAUUGUGUGCUCACAUACACAAGAACAUAACUGCUUGAGAGAUGGCAGUGUUCUAUAGCAGUUGUCUUCAACCUUUUCUUCCCCAGGGACCCCCUCCCAGGCAAACCGGCGACACAGAGACCCCCAUCACACUUAACGAGUGUGUGUGGGGGGGGGGGGGGGGGGGUUAGAAGGAUUACUUUUAUACUAUCCCAGGUAUUCCUUAAAGAGGUAGGGUUUCAAGUGUCUCCGGAAGGUGGUCAGUGACUCCGCUGUCCUGGCGUCGUGAGGGAGCUUGUUCCACCAUUGGGGUGUCAGAGCAGCGAACAGUUUUGACUGGGCUGAGCGGGAACUGUGCUUCUGCAGAGGUAGGGGGACCAGCAGGCCAGAGGUGGAAGAACGCAAUGCCCUCGUUUGGGUGUAGGGACUGAUCAGAGCCUGAAGGUAAUGAGGUGCCGUUCCCCUCACAGCUCCGUAGGCAAGCACGAUGGUCUUCUAGCAGAUGCGAGCUUCAACUGGAAGCCAGUGGAAUGUGCGGAGGAGCGGGGUGACGUGAGAGAACUUGGGAAGGUUGAACACCAGACGGGCUGCAGCGUUCUGAAUGAGUUGUAGGGGUUUAAUGGCACAGGCAGGGAGCCCAGCCAACAGCGAGUUGCAGUAAUCCAGACGGGAGAUGACAAGUGCCUGGAUUAGGACCUGUGCCACUUCCUGUGUAAGGUAGGGUUGUACUCUGCGGAUGUUGUAGAGCAUGAACCUACAGGAUCGGGUCACCGCUUUGAUGUUAGCGGAGAACGACAGGGUGUUGUCCAGGGUCACGCCAAGGUUCUUUGCACUCUGGGAGGAGGACACAACGGAGUUGUCAACCGUGAUUCAUUAUUCAUUAAAUAAACAUACAUUUUCCAUGUGCGGACCCCCUACAGUACCUUCCCAUGGUUGAAUGCCCCUGUUCGAUAGAGUAACUACAGUAUACAAUACCAGUCAAAAGUUUGGACACACCUACUCAUUCAAGGGUUUUUCUUUAUUUUUACUAUUUUUUACAUUGUAUAAUAAUAGUGUGUCACGGCUGUCGGUGAGAUGCGGUUGAAGAAGUCAGGCGCAGGACACAGAACUCUCGGACACGUACUUUAAUCCGAUAAUGACCAUAUGAACACAGAAAUAACUCCACGCAGGGAGGAAAUAACCCGCUCACUAAUGACAUACGUGAAGGGAAAACAAUCACACACAAUGUCCUGAUGAGAGACAGGGGUAAUAUAAGGGAAACAAUCAAACAUAAUGACGAACAGGUGUAAACAAUACAGACAAAACUAAACAGACACCGAUAACAUCGAACGGCAGUAGCUAGUACUCCGGGGACGACGAACGCCGAUGCCUGCCCGAGCAAGGAGGAGGCGCAGCCUCGGCAGAAUCCGUGACAGUACCCCCCCCUUGACGCGCGGCUCCAGCCGUGUGCCGACCCCGGCCUCGGGGACGGCCAGGAGGACGCGGAGCAGGGCAAGUCGGAUGACUCCGGUGGAACUCUGUCAACAGGGAGGGAUCUAGGAUGUCCCUCCUAGGGACCCAGCACUGUUCCUCCGGACCGUACCCCUCCCACUCCACGAGAUACUGCAGACCCCCCAUCCGACGCCUCGAAUCCACGAUGGAACGGACUGAGUACGCCGGAGCCCCUUCGAUGUCUAGUGGGGGCGGAGGGGCCUCUCAUACCUCAUUCUCCUGGAGUGGACCAGCUACCACCGGCCUGAGGAGAGACACAUGGAACGAGGGGUUAAUGCGAUAAUUAAUAGGCAGCUUUAACCUAUAACAUACCUCGUUCAAUCUUCUCAGGACUUUAAAUGGCCCCACAAACCACCGGCCCAGCUUCCGGCAGGGCAGGUGAAGGGGCAGGUUUCUGGUCGAGAGCCAGACCCGAUCUCCCGGUGCAUAAACCGGACCCUCACUGCGGUGGCGAUCGGCGCUCACCUUUUGCCGUCUGAUGGCCCGCUGCAGAUGGAUGUGCUCAGCGUUCCAUGUCUCCUCCGAGCGCCGAAACCAUUCAUCCACCGCAGGAGCCUCGAUCUGGCUCUGAUGCCAGGGUGCCAGAACCGGCUGAUAGCCCAACACACACGGGAAAGGAGUAAGAUUAGUGGAGGAGUGGCGGAGUGAGUUUUGGGCUAUCUCUGCCCAGGGAAUAUACCCCGACCACUCCUCCUGCCGGUCCUGGCAGUAGGACCUCAGAAACCUACCCACAUCUUGGUUUACUCUCUCCACCUGCCCAUUACUCUCAGGGUGAAAACCCGAGGUAAGGCUGAUCGAGACCCCCAAACAUUCCAUAAACGCCCUCCACACUCUAGAGGUGAACUGGGGACCCCGAUCAGACACUAUAUCCUCAGGCACCCCGUAGUGCCGGAAAACGUGAGUAAACAGGGCUUCGGCCGUUUGUAGGGCUGUAGGAAGACCUGGCAUAGGGAUGAGACGGCAGGCCUUAGAAAACCGAUCCACAACGACCAAGAUUGUGGUAUUCCCCUGGGAGGGGGGAAGGUCUGUGACAAAAUCCACCGACAGGAGAGACCACGGCCAUUGUGGAACGGGUAGAGGUUGUAACUUCCCUCUGGGCAGGUGUCUAGGCGCCUUACACUGGGAGCACACCGAGCAGGAAGAAAUGUAAACCCUCACGUCCCUGGCUAAGGUGGGCCACCAGUACUUCCCGCUAAGACAGUGCACUGUCCGACCAAUACCAGGAUGACCAGAGGAGGGUGACGUGUGAGCCCAAUAAAUCAGUCGGUCACGGACCUUGAGCGGUACGUACCUCCGUCCCUCUGGACACUCUGGGGGAGAAGGGUCGGUACGUAACGCCCGCUCGAUUUCCGUGUCGACCUCCCACACCACCGGUGCCACGAGACAAGACUCCGAUAGUAUGGGAGUGGGCUCAAUGGACCUCUCCUCUGUGUCAUAUCGUCGGGACAGGGCGUCUGCCUUAACGUUCUGUGACCCUGGGAUAUACGUGAUCUUAAAUACAAACCGGGCAAGGAACAUGGCCCACCUAGCCUGACGAGGGUUCAGUCUCUUCGCUGCCCGGAUGUACUCCAGGUUAUGAUGGUCAGUCAGAAUGAGAAAAGGGUGGUUAGCCCCCUCAAGCCAAUGUCUCCACACCUUCAGGGCUUGGACCACAGCUAGCAGCUCCCUGUCCCCCACGUCAUAAUUGCGUUCCGCCGGACUGAGCUUCUUGGAAUAGAAAGCACAGGGGCGGAGUUUUGGAGGCGUGCCCGAGCGCUGAGACAGUAUAGCACCGAUCCCCGCCUCGGACGCAUCCACCUCGACUUGGAACGCCAAAGAGGGAUCCGGAAGUGCCAGCACCGGAGCUGAGGUGAACAGGUCCUUCAAAUGACUAAACGCCCUGUCCGCCUCAGCCGACCACUGCAAACGCACCGGGCCCCCCUUUAGCAGGGAGGUAAUGGGAGCUGCUACCUGUCCAAAACCCCGGAUAAACCUCCGGUAGUAAUUGGCAAAACCCAAAAAACGCUGCACCUCCUUUACUGUAGUUGGAGUCUGCCAAUUACGCACGGCUGAAACGCGGUCAAUCUCCAUCUCCACCCCUGACGCAGACAACCGGUGUCCCAGGAAGGAGAUGGACUCCUGGAAAAACAGACAUUUCUCUGCCUUCACAUACAGAUCAUGCUCCAACAGUCUACCCAGCACCCGACAUACCAGGGACACAUGCUCGGUACGUGUAGCGGAGUAUAUCAGAAUGUCAUCAAUAUACACCACUACCCCCUGUCCAUGCAAAUCCCGGAAAAUCUCGUCUACAAAUGAUUGGAAGACUGAAGGAGCAUUCAUUAGACCGUAUGGCAUGACGAGGUACUCAUAGUGACCCGAGGUGGUACUGAAUGCUGUCUUCCACUCAUCUCCUUCCCGAAUGCGCACCAGGUUGUAAGCGCUCCUGAGAUCCAAUUUUGUGAAGAAGCGCGCCCCGUGUAAUGACUCCGUCAUACUAGCCAUCAGAGGGAGAGGAUAGCUGUAUUUAAUAGUGAUCUGAUUGAGACCACGGUAAUCAAUACACGGGCGUAAACCCCCAUCCCUUCUUCUUCACUCGAGGACGCAGGAGAAGUGGACGGCCGUAUGUAUUCCUGUCUCAAGGAUUCGGUGACGUAUGUCUCCAUAGCAGCCGUCUCCUCCUGAGACAGAGGAUACACAUGGCUGCGAGGGAGCGCAGCGCCAACCUGGAGGUCUAUCGCACAAUCCCCCUGUCGAUGAGGUGGUAAUUGAGUCGCCUUCUUCUUACAGAAGGCGCGUGCCAAAUCGGCAUACUCAGGAGGAAUGUGCAUUGUGGGCAUUUGGUUCGGACUCUCCACCGUCGUUGCCCCUACGGAAACACCUACACACCGCCCCACACACUGAUCAGACCAUCCCUUGAGAGCCCUCUGUUGCCAUGAAAUGUUGGGGUCAUGAGAUGUUAACCAGGGAAGCCCCAACACCACUGGAAACGCAGGAGAGUCAAUUAAAUACAACUGUAUAGUCUCCUCAUGACCCUUCUGCGUUUUCAUCUUCAGUGGCGCUGUGACCUCCCUAAUCAAUCCCGACCCCAAAGGCCGGCUAUCUAGGGCAUGGAUAGGGAAGGGCACAUCGACUGGUAAUAUAGGGAUUCCUAACUUAUAUGAGAAAUGGCGAUCGAUAAAAUUCCCAGCUGCGCCUGAAUCGACUAGCGCCUUAUGCUGGGAGUAAGAAGAAACUUCUGGAAACACAACUUGAAUACACAUAUGAACAACAGAGAGCUCUGGGUGAGUUGGGGCCUUACUCACCGGGAAUGACUCAUCCGUGCGUUGCCUGCUGCCUCGAAUCCUAGGAGACCCUCCCCAGCACCGAACCGCCGUGUGUCCUCGGCGGCCACAGUUGGUGCAGGGGACAGCCUCCUUCCUGGCCUCCCUACUACCAGCACCACCAAGCUCCAUAGGGCUCGGCUCGGAGGUGCUGGGGGAUGGAAUGGAUGGCCCCAGCGCCGGACGUCCGCGGGUAGCCAACAGGGUAUCCAGGCGAAUCGACAUGUCCACCAGCUGAUCGAAGCUUAGGUUGGUGUCCCUGCAGGCCAACUCUCGACGAACGUCCUCUCUUAAGCUACACCUGUAGUGGUCGAUGAGGGCCCUCUCAUUCCAUCCCGAAUUGGCAGCCAGAGUCCGGAAGUCCAGUGCGAAUACCUGGGUGCUCCUCCUCCCCUGUCUGAGGUGGAAUAGACGCUCACCCGCCGCCUUCCCCUCCGGGGGAUGAUCGAACACUGCCCUGAAGCGGCGGGUGAACUCCGCAUAGUUCACAGUAGCGGCGUCUAUCCCUCCCCACUCGGUGUUGGCCCACUCCAGUGCCUUGCCGGACAGACAGGAGAUGAGGGCGGACACACUCUCGUAUCCCGAGGGUGCCGGGUGAAUGGUUGCCAGGUAAAGUUCCACCUGGAGCAGGAAACCCUAACACCCGGCUGCGGUGCCAUCAUAAGCCCUCGGGAGCGAGAGCCGAAUCCCACUGGACUCCGGAUGUGAGACGAUAGGAGUAGCCGAUGGUGGUGGUAUCGUUCGAGGAGGUGUGGGCAAACCUCCUCUCUCCCAUCGUCCCAAAGUGUUCAUCACGUUAUCCAUGGCGGCACCAAGAUUUUGAAGCAUCGCUGCCUGUUGUAGGACGCUCUCCUCGAGUGAUCCGGUCGGUGCCGUCGCUCCUGCUGACUCCAUGUUGUGGUGUGUGAUUCUGUCACGGCUGUCGGUGAGAUGCGGUUGAAGAAGUCAGGCGCAGGACACAGAACUCUCGGACACGUACUUUAAUCCGAUAAUGACCAUAUGAACACAGAAAUAACUCCACGCAGGGAGGAAAUAACCCGCUCACUAAUGACAUACGUGAAGGGAAAACAAUCACACACAAUGUCCUGAUGAGAGACAGGGGUAAUAUAAAGGAAACAAUCAAACAUAAUGACGAACAGGUGUAAACAAUACAGACAAAACUAAACAGACACCGAUAACAUCGAACGGCAGAAUCCGUGACAUAGUGAAGACAUCAAAACUAUGAAAUAACACAUAUGCAAUCAUGUAGUAACCAAAAAAGUGUUAAACAAAUCAAAAUAUAUUUUAUAUUUGAGAUUCUUCAAAUAGCCACCCUUUGCCUUGAUGACAGCUUUGCACAUUCUUGGCAGUUCUCUCAACCAGCUUCAUGAGGUAGUCACCUGGAAUGCAUUUCAAUUAACAGGUCUGCCUUAAUAGUUAAUUUGUGGAAUUUGUUUCCUUCUUAAUGUGUUUGAGCCAAUAAGUUGUGUUGUGACAAGGUAGGGGGGGUAUAGAGAAGAUAGCCCUAUUUGGUAAAAUACCAAGUUCAUAUUAUAGCAAGAACAGCUGAAAUAAGCAGAAACUUAUAAAGUUUCUUCAUGUGCAGUCGCAAAAACCAUCAAGCGCUAUGACGAAACUGGCUCUCAUGAGGACCAAAGAAACCACUACUAAAGGACACCAAUAAUAAGAAGAGACUUGCUUGGGCCAAGAAACACGAGCAAUGGACAUUAGACCGGUGGAAAUGUGUCCUUUGGUCUGGAGUCCAAAUUGGAGAUUUCUGGUUCCAACCGCCGUGUCUUUGUGAGACGCGGUGUGGGUAAACGGAUGAUCUCCGCAUGUGUAUUUCCCACUGUAAAGCAUGGAGGAGGAGGUGUUAUGGUGUGGGGGUGCUUUGCUGGUGACACUGUCUGUGAUUUUAUUUAGAAUUCAAGGCACACUUAACCAGCAUGGCUACCACAGCAUUCUGCAGCGAUACGUCAUCCCAUCUGGUUUGGACAAUGACCCAACACACCUCCAGGCUGUGUAAGGGCUAUUUUACCAAGAAGGAGAGUGAUGGAGUGCUGCAUCAGAUGACCUGGCCUCCACAAUCCCCCAACCUCAACCCAUUUUAGAUGGUUUGGGAUGAGUCGGACCGCGUAGUGAAGGAAAAGCAGCCAACAAGUGCUCAGAAUAUGUGGGAACUCCUUCAAGACUGUUGGAAAAGCAUUCCAGGUGAAGCUGGUUGAGAGAAUGCCAAGAGUGUGCAAAGCUGUCAUCAAGGCAAAGGAUGUCUAUUUGAAGAAUCUAAAUAUAAAAUAUAUUUUGAUUUGUUUAACACUUUUUUGGUUACUACAUGAUUCCAUUUGUGUUAUUUCAUAGUUUUGAUGUCUUCACUAUUAUUCUACAAUGUAGAAAAUAGUAAAAAAUAAAGAAAAACCCUUGAAUGAGUAGGUGUGUCCAAACUUUUGACUGCUACUGUACAUACAAAUACAGUUGAAUAAUUGAAACAUUUCUGGUUACUGCUGUAUGUUUGUGAUCUUCACAGGUGAAGGAGAUGUCUCUGAUUAGGAACACCAUCCUGGAGUGCCAAGCGUGUGGUGAGUGCUUGAAGAGCAGUACUAUACCAUCAGGUUGGGCCUCAGUGUAUGAAACAGAGGGGAUAAGAUAAAAUAAAGAAAAGAUAAACAAAAAGAGAUGAGAAGCACAGGAAAUCAACGGAGAGAUAGAUUGAAAUCUAUGAAAUCCUUUAGCUGUGUUUGAUUGGUCUUGCCUGGCGCAAUGCAACCAAUGGAAAAGUCCCUUAAAGGGGCAAUUCACAGUUAAAAGGAGUUUUCCCCGCCACUGUUUCGUUAAAAAGCUGAGGGAUGGGGCUGGAGAAAUGUAACCACUCAAAUUCAUAGACAGAGCUAUGGAUGGAAGGACUGACCAUCCAUGAUGUCAAAAUUAUAGUUUUAACUAUAUUUUGACGCUACAGUUUUUGUUUACAUUUACUUUGUUUACAAACAUUGGAGUAACACAAGCUUAUAUUUUGGGUUCUGAUGGGAGAUGACAGUUGAACUAAGCUCAUGAGGCAUUUAUAAGUGCUGUUCUUCAAGAAUCAAUGGGUACAUAAUCAUUAAUUUAUAUGUAAAGAAAUGUGCAAACCCUGCCCAUAUGGCACUCUGUGCAGGCUCGAAGGUAUGCUGAAUGAACAAUUUCUAAUCCUAUUUUGAACCCAGGUCUGGUAUGUUCUAUGUCUUUGUUAACCAGGCUUCCACGAGCCCCACUCUCGCUGCGAGCCCAACCCCUGCUAUAAGGGCGUGCCCUGUACAGAGACCCGGGAGUACCCAGGGUACCGUUGUGGUGCCUGCCCAGACGCCAUGACGGGGAAUGGCACCCACUGCCAGGACAUCGACGAGGUAUUCUAAGGGUCCUAUUUCAAUUUCUUUAGCACCAAAAGAUGAUAGCAUGACAAGUUCCCAUAAUUUCCUUAACAUUAUUGGGUGAGUUUCCCAAAAGCUUUGUAGCUAAGGUGGCACGUUAUUUCUCUCGACAACCCAGCUGCACAGCUGCAAGAGAGUAACAAUUAGAAAAUUCAUGUUUGGCAGCCAGUCUUCCUCAAGUGAAGCACGUUGCAGUGUUAAAAAAACACGAAUACAAUGACAUUUGUAUUGUUACGUUCUGUUUCUCUCUGUGUCUCUGUCUCUAUGUCUAAGUGUGCUCUAGCCCGGCCCUGUUUCUCACCCGAGGGGUGCGUAAACACGGUCAAGGGCUUCACCUGUGAACCCUGUCCCGUCGGCUUCUCAGGAUCCCUCCUCAGUGGGAUUGGGGUGGAGUUUGCCAAGAGCCACAAGCAGGUCUGACCAACAUGAGACCCCCUGCCUCUCACAUACCCACUCACACACACACACACACACAUAAACAUUGUGCAAACACACAUCAAUUGUGCACAUACACAAGAUACUCACACAUUCACACGCACACGGGAGCCUUGCACAUGCAUGGCAUGCUCACACAUCACCACCAUCACUAUUGACACCUCUUCUCACCCACUGUACACAUGGAUGCAAAGUGAUUGCCUCUAUGGCCAUGAUGAUACAAUGGGUGGUCUGACAUUUCUUGUCCUUAAAUUGUUGCGUUUUGUCUGUUUCUGUAGGAGUGUGCAGAUGUGGAUGAGUGUGCUGACCUCUCCAACACCUGCGUCCCCAACUCUGUCUGCAUCAACACAGAGGUCAGUAGUGGAAAGGGAGUCAGAGGUUUCUAGAUGAAAGACUUAACAAUUAAAGAAAUACAUGAUUUUCUUUCUCUGUGUCACUGUGUCUCUUCCCUCCUCUCUCUCCCCUCCUCUCUCUCUUCCCUCCUCUAUUCUCCCUUCUUUUUUUUUCUCCCCCCUUCCCCCCCUUUUCCCCCUUUUUCCCCCCUUUUUUCCCCCCCCCUUUUUUCCCCCCUUUCCCUUUUUUUUUCCCCCCCCUUUCCCCUGUUUUUUUUUUUUUUUCCCCCCCCCCCCCUUUCCCCCCCUCCUCUUUUCCCCCCCCCCUUUUUUUCCCCCCUUUUUUUUCCCCCCCCCCCCUUAAAAUUUCCCCCCUCCCCCCCCCCCUUUUUCCCCUUUCUUCCCUCCCUUCCCUUCCCCCCCUUUUUCCCCUUUUCCCCCUCUUUCCCCCCUUUUUCCCCCCCCCUUUUUCCCCCCCCUUUUUUUUCCUUUUUUCCUUUUUUUCCCCCCCCUUUUUUUUUUCCCCCUCCCCCCUCCCCCUUUUCCCCUUUCCCCCCCCUUUUUUCCCCCCCCUUUUUUUUCCCCUUUUCCCCCCCCCCCCCCCCCCCCCCCCCCCCCCCCCCCCCCCCCCCCCCCCCCCCCCCCCCCCCCCUUUUUUUUUUUUUUUUUUUCCCCCCCUUUUUUUUUUUUUUUUUUUUUUUUUUUUUUUGGGGGGCCCCCCCCCCCCCCCCCCCCCCCCCCCCCCCCCCCCCCCCCCCCCCCCAAAAAAAAAUUUUUUUUUCCCCCCCCGCCCCCCCCCUUUUUUUUUUUUUUUUGGGGGGGAGGGGGGGGGUUUUUUUUUUUUUUUUUUUUUUUUUUUUUUUUUUUUUUUUUUCCCCCCCCCCCCCCCCCCCCCCCCUUUUUUUUUUCCCCCCCCCCUUUUUUUCCCCCCCCCCCCCCCCCCCCCCCCCCCCCCGGGGGGAAAAAAAAAACCCCCCCCCCCCCCCCCCCCCCCCCCCCCCCCCCCCCCCCCCCCCCCCCCCCGGGGGGGGGGCCCCCCCCCCCCCCCCCCCCCCCCCCCCUUUUUCUUUUUUUUUUUUUUAAAAAAAAAAAACCCCCCCCCCCCUUUUUUUUUUUUUUUUUUUUUUUUUUUUUUUUUUUUUUUUCCCCCCCCCCCCCCUUUUUUUUCCCCCCCUUUUUCCCCCCCCCCCCCCUUUUUCCCCCCCCCCCCCCCCCGCCCCCCCCCCAAACCCCCCCCCCCCCCCAAAAAAACCCCCCCCCCCCCCCCCCCCCCCCCCCCCCCCCCCCCCCCCCCCCCCCCCUUUUUUUUUUUUUUUUUUUCCCCCCCCCCCCCCCCCCCCCGCCCCCCCCCCCCCCCCCCCCCCCCCCCCCCCCCCCCCCCCCCCCCCCCCCUUUUUUUUUUUUUUCCCCCCCCCCCACCCCCCCCCCCCCCCCCCCCCCCCCCCCCCCCCCCCCCCCCCCCCCCUUUUUUUUUUUUUUUUUUUUUUUUUCCCCCCCCCCCCCCCCCCCCCCCCCCCCCCCAAAAAAUUUUUUUCCCCCCCACCCCCCCCCCCCCCCCCCCCUUUUUAAAAAUUUUUUUUCCCCCCCCCCCCCCCCCCCCCCCCCCCCCCCCCCCAAAAAAAAAAACCCCCCCCCCUUUGGCCCCCCCCCCCCCCCUUUCCCCCCCCCUUCUUCGUCUUCCCUCUAUCUCUCUCCUCCUCCUCUCUCUUCCUGCGACCCUCCUCUCGUCUUCCGUCUCCUCUCUACUCCCCUCCCUCUCCUCUUCCUCUCUUUCUCUCUUCCCUCCCUCUCCCCUCCCUCUCUCUCCCCUUCUGUCUCCCCCCAACUCCCUCCGCCAUCUCUCCCCCCCCCCCCCCCUCCCCCCUCAGGGCUCAUUCAGGUGUGGUCUGUGUAAGGAGAGCUUUGUGGGCAACCAGACGGUGGGCUGUUUCCUGCGGAGGUCCUGCGCCACACUGGGCUUCAACCCCUGCGACGUCAACGCCCACUGCGUCAUCAAGGGAGCUGCCGAGGUCUCCUGCAAGGUAAGACACACAUAGCACAUCUCAAUAGGCUAAAAAAAAGGAGGUUGUUAAAGGGAUAGUUCACCCAAAUUACAAAAUGACACAUUGGUUUCCUUACCCUGUAAGCAGUGUAUGGAUAGUGUAUGCUUUGGUUUAGUUUCCACAUGCUAAUGGUUUAGCAUUUGUGGCACAAAUCCCAUUCAAGUCAUGGGACUGAAAUUAAAAUGUUUCGUGCAUCAUGUCCAAAUCAUCCAAAAGUAUCUCAAAUUGAUUGUGAAGCUCAACAAAGUCACUUAUAAAUUAUUUGAACAUGAUGCACGAAAAAUGCUAAUGUCAGUCCCAUGAUUUGAAUGAGAUUUGAGCCACAAAUGCUAAAACGUUAGCAUUUGGAAACAGUACCAGGGAAACUAAACCAAAGCAUGGAUUGCUGUCAUACCUUGUCCAUACACUGCUUACAUGGUAACGAAACCAACAUGCCAUUUUGUAAUUUGGGUGAACUAUCUCUUAACCAAAAUAUGACAUAUUUCCCAAACGUAUUGUCAUGGAAAAGACGUCUUUAUCUGUUUGUUAACAGAGACCAGUUGGUUGUAAUCUGGCUAUACAGUAUGACAUCAUUAAGAAAUCAUGUUCCAAUUUUCUACUACUUGGUAUAUUCUCUCUGAAUAUCUCUUCCAGUGUAACGUGGGCUGGGCAGGAAAUGGGUAUACGUGUGGUCCAGACACAGACAUCGACGGCUACCCCGACCAGCCUCUCCCCUGCAUAGACAAUGACUAUCACUGCCGAGCCGUAAGCAUGUUCCACACACACACACACACACACACACACACACACACACACACACACACACACACACACACACACACACUAACAAAAUGUCUUACUUACCAUAAAAAUGAUGUGUUGUGUUCCCUGUGCAGGACAACUGUGUGAACACACCCAACUCUGGCCAGGAGGACGCAGACGGAGACGGUAUAGGUAACCAGUGUGACGUAGAUGCGGACGGAGACGGAAUCAAGAACGUUGAGGUCAGUCGAGCCUUGUAUUCUGUCGGUGCGGGGUCAUGUUCAGUAGGCAAAACGGAAUCUCCCUGACUCCACUUCCCACCAUUUUGUAUUUCCUCUUUGUUUUUCUAGGACAACUGCCGUCUGGUCCCCAACAAGGAUCAACAGAACUCGGACACAGACUCGUAUGGGGACGCGUGUGACAACUGCCCCAAUGUUCCCAACAGCAGCCAGAAGGACACCGAUGGAAACGGGGCUGGGGACACCUGUGACAAUGACAUUGAUGGGGAUGGUAGGCUAUGGAUCGCUUAUGACAGGGCUAUUCAAUUACUGUCCCACAAGGACCAAAGUACUGCUGGGGUUUUUUCCCCACCUGGUAGUUAAUUGAUUGAUACAUUUUAUUGAUUGUGUUCCUUGUCUGAUUUAGUUCCUGAUUAGAGGGAGAGAAUGGAAAACCGGUGUUUAUAUAGGAUCACUUUUGCCUUUCAGAUCAUAAUGAAUAAGAGUAUAUGAACUGGGAGGACUUAAUCCUAGAUCAUCAGCACUCUUCCUCUGAGACGCUUUGUGAAUACGGGCCCAAGACUGUAAUUUAAUCGCUCAUCUUCCUCCUCAACUCGCCAGGUAUCCCAAACGUGCUGGACAACUGUCCCAAGGUGCCCAACCCUAUGCAGACGGACCGUGACGGGGACGGAGUGGGAGACGCCUGUGACAGCUGCCCAGAAGUCAACGACCCCUUGCAGGUCAGAGGUCAAGAAUACAAUUUACGAGAUUGACGCUGAAAUAAAAUAUAGUUUAUUGAGGAAAUCUUUGAAACCUCUUUUCUCCAUUCAGUUGGACAUGGACAACGACCUGGUGGGAGAUGUGUGUGACACCAACCAGGAUAUGUGAGUGAUCCUACUAGUUUUCUGGUUUAGGGGACUUCAGAACCAGAUAACAACCAGGUAAAGGGGUUCUUUUUGGGUUGUUAUCUGGUUAUAUCACCAGAUGAUAACCAGGCUGAACCAGGUAAAGCUGUCUUUUUCUUGUCGCUAAAAAUAUAUGUAAAAUACAUAAGUAUACAAACUGACGUCAAAAAAAUACAUCAGGCUGACAUCAUUGCAACCAAUCUUGCCUGCUGGGUCAAUGAGCCUGUUUCUAAUGUUUCUGUCUUGUCCUCAUGUGUCAAGGGAUGGGGACGGCCACCAGGACUCCAGGGACAACUGUCCAGACGUCCCUAACAGCUCCCAGCUGGACUCAGACAAUGAUGGCAUCGGCGACGAAUGCGACGAUGACGAUGACAACGAUGGCAUUCCAGAUGCGAGACCUCCCGGGCCGGAUAACUGCCGUCUCAUCCCCAACCCCAGCCAGACAGACACUGACAGUAUGGAAGGAGUCACAGGGAAAGAAAUGCUUUGUAGCACAGUCUUAACAGGAUUAAAGGCCCAAUCUGUAACUUUACUUUCCAGACAUGCACAGAGGGGUAGCACUUUUUACUGAAAAUUAAAGUUAGAGUAGAAUUUCAUAUUCUGUUUUAAAUGUUUUGGAAUUGUAUUGUCCUGCUGACAAACUACCACAGGGACCUAUGUUUGUUUGUCCUAAACUAUACUGUAUGUCAUACUAGAGUAACCUAUAUUUCUCUAUACUCCCAUCCCCAUCUGUGUUCUCAGAGUGAUAUAUUUUUGUGCUUUGAACCCUCCCUCUGUCCCCCUUGUCCAAUCAGGAAAUGGCGUUGGUGACAUGUGCGAGAAUGACUUUGACAAUGACUCAGUGAUAGACUUGAUUGACGUGUGUCCAGAGAGCGCUGAGGUCACAAUGACCGACUUCAGAGCCUAUCAGACGGUCAUCCUGGACCAGGAGGGCGAAGCCCAAAUCAACCCCAACUGGAUAGUGCUCAAUCGGGUGACCAUUUGAAAUAUUCCCAGAUAGAAAACAAACAUGAUAUUGUAUGUACUUUAAUUAAUUUAGCAUUUUUCUGGAAUUUUGUUUUAGGGUAUGGAAAUUGUUCAAACCAUGAACAGUGACCCUGGUUUGGCCAUAGGUAAGUCCGUAAACAUCUUGUGCCGUUCUGUGUAUCUUUCUGUGUGUCUUUCUUUCUCAUCUCCUUCCUCCCCGUCUUUAUCCCACUUUCUCUCCGUUUUAAAUGAAGAUGUCUCAAUAAAGAGCAUGACAAGUCAAGUAUCUCUUUCUCUCUCUCUCUCUCUUCUCUCUCUCUCUCCCUUCUCCCGAUCCCCACAAGGCUAUACAGCCUUUAACGGGGUAGACUUUGAGGGGACGUUCCACAUCAACACGGCCACGGACGAUGACUAUGUGGGCUUCGUCUUCGGCUACCAGGACUCGUCCAGCUUCUACGUGGUCAUGUGGAAACAGAUGGAGCAGACCUACUGGCAGUCACUGCCUUUUAGGGCCAUGGCCCAGCCAGGCCUGCAACUGAAGGUGGGGCACACAGAAAACUGCAUCUGUUGGCUUUAAAGGGACAUUACACUCCAACAUCAGAAGUGUGUCAGAUGUUUUUAUACCUAUGUCAAUAGGAGUACACAUCCCAUGCCAUCAUCCUGUUAUGUAGUUCCAGCUACAUGCCUGAACUUCCAAUGUAAUAGAUAUUAGAUUACCACAGUCACACACUUGACUUUACUCCCUUUUCUCUACAGGCAGUGAAGUCACGUACGGGUCCCGGUGAGUACCUCCGUAACGCCCUGUGGCACACGGGCGACACCCCGGGCGAGGUCACCCUGCUGUGGAAGGAUCCCCGGAAUGUGGGCUGGAGGGACAAGACAUCCUACCGCUGGCACCUCAGCCACCGCCCGCAGGUGGGCUACAUCAGGUGAGCAAAACUUCAAAGGGCAUUACAGCCACAAAUGCUCUACUCCUAGCUGUAUUUUCCUGCCAAUUCACUUUGCCAUCACAAACUUUCCUCACUGUUUAAUUGAGCUGUUUACUGUAUAGAGAUAGAUCUAUAGCAAUUCAUGGCUAUCUGUAUAUAAUUGAGAUAAUACAUGGAAUGUACAAAGCAUUAGGAACACUAUCCUAAUAUUGAGUUGCGCCCCCUUUUCCCCUCAGAACAGCCUCUAUUCGUCGGGGCAUGGACUCUACAAGGUGUCAAAAGCGUUCCACAGGGAUGCUGGCCCCUGUUAACUCCAAUGCUUCCCACAGUUGUGUCAAGUUGGCUGGAUCUCUACUCCGAAUAGCUCGUUCCAUCUCAUCCCACAGAUGCUCAAUUGGAUUGAGAUCUGGUGACUGGGCAGGCCACGACAGUGAAUUCACUGUCAUGUUUGUGGAACAAUUCCUGGACAAUUCUAUCCUGGCAUGGGACAUUAUCCUGCUGAAGAAAUCCAUUCGCAGAUAGAUACUCUGCUGCCAUGAAGGGAUGCACCUGAUUGGCAAUAAUGUUCAGAUAUCCUGUGGCAUUCAAACGUUGCUCCACUUUUAUCAAGGGGCCCAAUGUGUGCCAUGAAAACACACCCCACACCAUCACACUACCACCACCAGCCUGCAAUGUUGACACGCGGCAUGAUGGAUGCAUGUUCUGGUUUUCUCCAUACCCUAGUCCUCCCAUCAGCGUGAAACAGCAGGUACCGGGAUUCUCCAGUGUCCAGUGUUUUCGGUCCUUAGCCCACUGCAACCGCAGUUUCUUGUUUUUUUCUGAACGAAGUGGAACUCUGUAAGGUUGUCGUCUGCCAUCCCCCAUUUGUGUCAAGGUACGAAGAGUUGUGCAUUCUUUUAUGGGUCUUUGGGCACCAACGUUAUACUGGACUGUCAGUUGACUAACUGUAGCCCGUCUGUUGCGCUGCAUAAUUUGCGUCAGCCUCCUUUGUCCUCUUUAAUCAAUGACCUGUUUUCAACCACUGGCCUGUCGUUGGCUGGAUGUCCUUUGGGUGGUGAACCAUCCUUGAUACACACAGUAAACAGUUGAGCGUGAAAAACCCAGCAGUGUUGCAGUUCCUGACAUACUCAAACCUGUGCGCCUGGCACCUACUACCAUACCCAAUUCAAAGGCACUUAAAUAUUUUGUCUUGACCAUUCACCCUCUAACAGAUUACAUCAAUAAGGGAUCAUAGCUUUCACCUAGAUUCACCUGGUCAGUCUAUAUCAUGGAAAGAGCAGGUGUUUUGUACACUCAGUGUAUAGAGAGAUCUGUAUGGCUCUUCAUUGUGUAUACCUAUUUCACAGGGUGAGGCUGUAUGAAGGCAUGACAUUGGUGGCAGACUCUGGCGUGGUGGUGGACACCUCAAUGAGGGGCGGGAGGCUGGGCGUCUUCUGCUUCUCCCAGGAGCAAAUCAUCUGGUCCAACCUGGGCUAUCGCUGCAACGGUACAUCAACACUCUCAGAAGAUAAUUUUCUUGAAUUGGAAUUUAACCUCUUGAAUUGAUCAAAUUUAAAUGGUUAUGGCUUCCUGGUUAUGUUAUAAUAUUUAUUUAUAUAUUUUUCCAUCAGAUACGGUACCAGAGGACUAUGAGUUCUACCGCAAGCAGAUCCACGUCAGGGUGUGACUGUGAGCCUAGCAUAGCAUCUGUGCAGAUACACAACAUCACCUGUGCCUUCGCUGUAUCGUGUGUGUUGUGUGUGUGUAUGUGUGUGUGUGUGUAUAUGGUUGUGUGUGUGUUUGUACAUAUAUGCAUGUGUGUGUUUUUA